UUUUUUUUAUUUUUAAAUAGAAAUCAAGUACUUAUCCGAAUACUUCUGCUGGAUCCGGAAUAGCAUCUCGGAACCGAAUUCAGCUUUUAGACCCACCAGUAAAAAAAAAAACAAAGAUGGAGGCUGUGCCUCGUCUGCCGAUGAUAGCUUUGGAGCUCAAAACAAGCCCAGAAUAUGUAGAUUUUGGACCAGUUUUGAAACAGUACAUAAGAGACAACUAUGGAGAGGAUCCUGCUGAUUACAAUAAAGCUUGCAGUGAUCUAGAACAGCUUCGACAGAGUGCAGUUCAUGUAUCGCAUGAUUUUAUGGGAUGCAGUAUACUGAAAAAGUACUAUGCCCAGUUGCAGUUUCUUCAAGGAAGAUUUCCAAUGACUGAUGGAGGCCAAGCAUCCAUGCCGUUUACAUGGGAGGACAUUUUCAUGGCAAGAGAAGUCACCUUAGCAGACAUUAAGUUUGAACAAGCCUCAGUCCUAUACAACAUCGGAGCUCUGCACUCUAUACUAGGAUCCAUGGAAACCAGAACGAAUGCAGAUAGUAUGAAGGUGGCUUGCACUCAUUUUCAAUGCGCCUCGGGAGCUUUUGAAUAUCUUCGAGACCACUUUGGAUCAGCCAUGAUGAGUCUGGACUUUUCACAUGACCUUUUGACAUUUCACAUCAAUCUUAUGUUGGCACAGGCACAGGAGUGUAUUCUUGAGAAGUCAAUGAUUGACAGCAGAAAGAGCUCAAUUACAGCCAAAGUUUCAACUCAGAUUGUGGAAUUUCACAGCCUUGCUUUAAAAUCAUUAGAACCCGCCAACAAAGAGGGAAUUGUGCCAUCUCGUAAAAACAAGGAGUGGAAGAAAAGAAUGGAAUUGAAGAGCCAGUUUUAUGAGUGCAUCACCAGCUUCUACAUGGGAAAACAAUCAGAAGACCACCAGAAGUGGGGCGAGUGCUUGGCAUACUACACUGUGGCGUUUAACAAGCUCAAUGACUGUAUCAAGCUGGGCAAGAGUGAAGGUGGUGACUUUCAAGAAUCUUUCCGAUUUGCCAUGGAUGUGGUGGGAGGAAAAUACCAAUCAGCUAAGAAGGAUAAUGAUUUCGUGUACCAUGAUAAGGUUCCAGAUCUAGCAGGUCUACCAGAAGUAAAAGGCGCUGCACUUGUAAAGGGUAUCACCUUUAACCCCAGUGAUCCGGAAGUGUCUGGCCCAGACUUGUUUCAGAAACUAGUUCCGAUGGAGGCCCAUGAGGCCUCUUCACUUUACAGCGAAGAGAAAGCCAAACUUCUGAGAAGAGUAUGUGGGCUGAUAGAGGAGAAAAAUGCUGAGUUAGUACAAUUCAUCUCCUCCUUGAACAUUGAGCAAUCCAGUCUAAGCUAUGAGCCUGAGAACCUACCACAAUCUCUACUAGAAAAAUGUGCUGCUGUGUCUGUCAAGCCAAACGCCAUUAAAGAUCUGGUGGAUGCCAUGGCAGGUGUCUCCAAUAUGGCAACAGAAGUUGAUAUGUCCUUGCAGGAAAUCACCCAGCUGCUGAAUGAUGAUGUCAGUGAGGAAGAAAAGUUUCAGGCACAGUUUGGAAAAAGAUCACAAAAUCCAAUGUUUGAAAACAUCAGAAAAGAGCUGUCUUUGUUUUCUGAGGGACACAAGAAGGGGAGUCAGUCCAACAGUGACCUCCAUAAAGCCAUGAAUGCUCACAUUACAAAUCUACGACUUCUUGGAGGUCCCAUUGAAGACAUCAAAAAUACAUUACCCUCCAAAGACAAAGAAAAGACCCCGGAAGAUGAGACUGUUGUGAAAGAGCUCCAGAGACUAAUAUCAAAGGUGGAAGAAAUGAAAUCCCAAAGAGGUAUGUUGGAGGAACAAUUUCGGACUGAGGUUCAGAAGGAUGAUAUCACAAACAGGAUUGUCACACUGGAAGGAUCCAACAAACAGGUUAUGUUUGAUCGGGAGAUUCAGAAGCAUAAGAAGUUGGAGGAAGUGAUUCAACAGAAUUUGACAGCCCAGGACAACAUUCUCAGAGCUCUCACUGAUACUAAUGUUAGAUAUGCUCACAUCCGAAGGAAAGUUGGUGAUGUUGCUGCAAGGAGGGAGAUGAUGAUCAAAGAUCUGAUCAACUCUUUCGAUGUGUAUGAGGAUUUGCUAGCAAAAUCACAGAAAGGACAGGAGUUUUACAGAAAAUUGGAGAGUAAUGUUUCCAAACUCCUGACUCGCUGUCGAGGACUGUGUAAAAUUCAAGCUGAGGAAAGAGAGCAGAUCAUGAACAGACAUAAACCAAAAGAACCCCCUCCAAGACCAAUGGCCCCUAAGCCAGACAAUACAAUUCCAGACCCCACCAGCUCCUCGAAUUCUUCUGAUAGUUCCCUUCCCACUGCAACCAUACCCCCACAACCUCUGCCAACACUGAACACUAUUCCUGGAUUUGAAGGACCCAAACUGAAGGACUAUCUGCCAUUCAUGAAACCAAAGACAUUUGGUAAAGAUAGGGAUAAAAACAAGAGAAGUACUGCUAUAAAUCCUGGAUUGGUGCCAGGGAGUGUGCCAGAUUUACCCGGAUCUGCUCCUCAACCUCAGAUCUUCCGUAAUCAAGGAGACUUAAGUAGCUAUCUGCCAAGAACAGAUCAGCAAAAUCCAUCAAUCCCACAAGUUCCUGCAGUUGCAGGAAGCCAGAAACCUGUAAGAGCCCAAUCGGUUUCUCCCACAUUAGGCCAACAAAUGUCACAGUUCUCCACAAGGCCCGCUUUUAGUCCAGCUCAUGUGGAUGUAGGUCAACCACACUCCUCUCCUGGUCAGAGUCCAGCCCUAAGUCCUACACACUCUUCUCCUGCCCAUAGCCCAGUGCCAAGACAACAGUUCAGAUCACAGUCAUUAAGUCCAGCACCUCGAGCUGGGAAUCUAAGUGGAGCACAGGGUCAAGAUUACCAUAGCCUCCCAGUAGGUUAUGGUCAAGGAUAUCCUUCCCAGGGUCAGACUGCCCAGUUCUAUAGUCUACCUCAGGAGAGGCCUGGGUAUCAGAGUGUACCUCCAGGCCAAAUGACAGGACCUCAUGAUCAAGCUUUCUUAGGAAAGACACAACAGUAUUCUGGUCCACAGAACACCAUAAAUCCAAGCAGGCCAGGAGCAAUGCCCUCACAGCCACCCACCAAUUACAUCCAAAGUGACCCGAGACAGGUGCAACAGUCUGUGGAUACAGGGUAUUCUAAUAGUAUGGUUCAUGGACGUCAACAUACUCCUCAGUCGUCACAGCACAUGAUGGCAGGUCAACAGAGUAAUUUUGCUGCAUCCAGUUCCUCCUCUGAACAACCAUAUGUAAGCAGUCAGCUUCCUGCUAGUCAGUUUCAGCACAGUCAGGCUAAUGUAGGGAGAAGUCAGACACCAAUGCAGAUGGACAAUUACGGCCAGAGUCUUUCGACUGAACAAGUUACAGGGGGAGGUAAUCAGCAGACGGGGCAAUAUUAUCAAAAUCAGAUGCAGCCUCCCUCACAAAGAAUCCCCAGUCAACAACCACAACAAUUUCGUCACCCACAAUUUCAGGGUGUUGAAAACCCAAAUCAACAAUUGUAUCAACCUCAGCUAGUUUCAGCUGUCCCAAGUGCUCAACAAUACAAUCAACAGCAGAACAUGUAUGCCAGUCAGCAGCCGAGUAACAAGGAACAAAUGAUGAAUCAGACUGUCCCUAACAAAAAUAUGUACGUGAACAACCAGAUUGAUCCUACCAUUGAAGGAAAAUCUCAUUCUGACAACUUUCAGUUGGGGAUGCCAUAUGCUAGUACCUACCAAUCGAGACCUGCUCAGUCCUUCAGUCACAGUGACAAUAAAUUCCAAACUGUAGACAGCGGAGAUCAAAACUUAGCUUAUGGUCACCAAGCCCAUAGUCAUCAAGAAUAUGCCCCUCAGCAGUCAGAUGGGCCAGCACUUCAACAUACAAAGUGGGAUGCAAAAUCCCAGCAAUCUCAACAACAGGCCAAUAAUUCUCAGCAAGAUCCCAGAUAUCAAACAGGAAAUGUUUCUGGAAGAGCAUAUAUGCAAACAGGAAUGCCCUAUGCUAGCACCCAUCAAUCAAUGCCUACUCUAGCUACAAGUCGUAUGAGUACACAGAAUCCCGCUCAGAGCAAUUCUGUUCCAGUUCUUACAUAUGGACACCUAGGAUAUGGUCCUCUUCCAUCCACCAGCUACACUGCAACCAAUGUGAGUCAGUCCUCGAUAUCACAAACAACACGUCAGCAACAUCCACAGAUGCAAAAUCCUCCUCAACAGAGGCCUGAAUUCCAGGCGGGGCCAUCUUAUAUGAGUUCAUCUCAGGCAUUUAAUGUGAUGAAUAAAAUGCAAAGCUCUACACAGGGGUACAUGAAUAGGUCUGGAAGCCUAGCUCCAACUCAGACUGCUACAGCAAAUGUUUAUGGUAAUCAAGCUAAUUAUCCGAACAUGCAGCAGAGACAGCAACAAGCACCACAACAACUUCAGUCCCAGCAACAACUGCAACCCCAGCAAGGACUGCAACAAACAUCACAACAACUUCAGUCCCAUCAACAAAUGCAACCCCAGCAAGGACUGCAACAAACAUCACAACAACUUCAGUCCCAGCAACAAAUGCAACCCCAACAAGGACUGCAACAAACACCACAACAACUUCAGUCCCAGCAACAAAUGCAACCCCAACAAGGACUGCAACAAACAUCACAACAACUUCAGUCCCAGCAACAAAUGCAACCCCAGCAAGGACAGCAUCAGUAUAGCAUGCAAUCUCAAGCACAACCACAGCAAAGAUCAGAAUAUGUCCAACAGGGUCAAGGUGGAAAUUUUCAACAGACAAACUAUAGUCAGAAAACAAGUCAACAGAUGUAUUACCAACAGCAAGCAUCCGGACAAUCACAACCUCAACAAAGCAUGAAUAGCUAUCCGGUGUCUGUACCACAACAGCCACAACAAGUGACUCAACAACAACAACAACCCCAACCAAGGAUGCCAUACCAAAGAACGAUGCCAACACUAGUGCCAUCUCAACAAAUGCCACCAAAAGAAAUGCCACAGCAGCAUGUACCUCAACAAGGUCAGAUACAAGAGCAACAACAACAGCAGACAUGGAUGUCAUCUGGGGCAGGAUUCCAAUAUCAAUCUUCUGUCAGUGGAUCAUCUCAGCCUCUCAGUGGAGCCACAUACCAAAUGUCCUCUGGUGGACUGUAUCAAACUCCCAGUGGGAGUGCAUACCAACAGACAGCCAGUGGAAAUUCAUACCAGCAACCAAGUAGUGGUUCUUGUCAAUCAUAUCAACCCAGACAAUCAGCACCUAAUACCUUCUAUCCAGCCCAGGGCCAGGAUGUGAACAAGCCAUCUGGAAAUCAACAAGAUAUACAAGGCUUGUUUGAUUCCAUCCCUGCACCAUUGCAGCCGCUUCAGCCAUUAAUAGUCAGCAAACCACAGUCGGUUCCUUGUGAUCAGCCACCAGAGACCACUACCCAGUCAACAUUAUCACCACCGAACAAGAUUCCAGUUCUCCCACAGUCAAAGUCUCACAAGCGCCAAGAUUCCAGUGCCUCUACUGCCUCUUUGGAUGACAUCCUGUCUACCAGUCCAAAUAUCCCCCAGAAAUCUGCCACUGACCACAUGCUUACCCCUAAAGUACUCACUGCACAGGAAAUAGAGCAACAGAAAGAAGAAGCUGUGAUGAAAAAUAAAGUAGCUCGGCAGACAUCUAAGGAUCCAUUUUCUGACCCAUUUGUCAAGGACAGAUUUGUGGGGGAGGUGGAAAAGCUGUCCAAAUAUGUGGAGAGCCUGACGAAAACUACCUGUUCAGGACCCACUAAUCUGGAUGUGGCUUGGAAGGAACUGAUAGAUGAACAAGACAGAGGGGGAAAGAAGUCCUCUAUGGCCAUUGCACGGUGCUACCCAGCUAAAAACAGAGAACAGGACAGCAUGCCAUAUGAUGAAAAUAGAAUUAUACUUACAACACCGAAGGAUGACUAUAUUAAUGCAAGUCUUAUUGUGGAUUUGUCACCCAAUUGUCCAAAGUUUAUAACAACACAAUCCCCACUUCCUGUGACACUCACUGACUUCUGGGUUAUGGUAUAUGAGCAAGGGUCAGAGGUCAUAGUGAUGCUUUCCAGUGAAACUGAACAAGGAAAGAAAUUCCCAGAAUAUUGGCCUCAGCAGAAAGGAAGAACAGAAUACCAUGGUCCAAUAACCUUGACUUUACAAAGUGUCAAGGACAAAGUCAACUGGGUGGAAAGAAUUAUUCACUUGAAUCACAACGAGAAAAAGCAGGGAAGAACAGUUGUACAGCUGCAGUACAAGAAUUGGCCUGUCAGUGGUUUUCCUGAGAAUAUCUCAUAUAUCCUGCAAUUUAUUACUGAAGUUCAUAGCUUUUAUAAACAACAACGCAGUCUAUUAAAGCCAGUUGUAGUACACUGCAGCAAUGGCACUGGGAGGACUGGUGUGUUCAUGUUGACAUACACUUGUAUGCAAGACAUUGAUCAUGGAAAAGGAGUGACAGGGAUCAUGGAUGUGGCCAAGAAAAUGUUCAGACAGCGACGCCUUGCCAUUAAAGAAAAAUUUCAGCUCAAAUACGCAUAUGAGGCCAUAUUAUUUUAUGGGCAGGACAUUUUAGCCAAAGAAAUGAAAGUGAACAUUUCGAAGUAGCACACUUUGAAAUACCUGACAGAUUACAAAAAUUGGUGUAUUCCAGUUCCACUACAGGAGCGUUUUGUGAGCAAUGACUAUGCGGUGCAUUUCACUCUACACUGUCCUUACCAGGUUUGAAAGAGAAUCAUUGUCUAACGCAAAUGUAAACUAGAUUUGAACUAAAUAAAGCAUUAAAACUAUUGUUGUUGAGAGAUACUAAUAAAUGUAUGAGAAUCAGUAUAUCACCAAGGCUUUUUAGAUGUGGUCAGGCUAAUGAAAUCUGUAUACCACCGUGUACAAUGCCACAUUCGGGGACCGUGAUCGGUGUAGCGCGGGGAUGUGAAUUCGAAGCGAAGAAAGUAGGUCAAUAAGUAUUCAAAGACUGAUUGUGUUUAAUCAAAAUAAAUCUAGAUAGCCAAAAGUAUUGCACGGAAGGCAGUGGUUAUUGGCAAGCUAGCACUAGCAACUGGGGAGUUUAGAACUCUUUGGAAAUACCCAAACACUUCGACAAUAUACAAGUAGGGUAGGCGCCGGGUAUAUUUUUCGGUGUAUUCAAUGAGAAAUCUCCACUCCUACUGCAUAAACUCCAAAGUUUUUUUGACCAGAAACAUUACCUUUGAAUGGGACUCAAUAUUCGACUGAAAAAAACAACACAAAAUCAUGAUAUGCCGAGUAUUUGACUGAAAACCCUGUGUGGCAUAUCUUGGGAAGUAUACAGAAUUUUGGGAUGAACUUUGGUAGUAAUGUAGAUUGAUUAUGUAUGAAUAAAUUAAAAUACAAAGUAGAAUUUUAUAUCAAUUAAUUUAUUGUUUUUACAUCGGCUAACUUGGGUACUCUAUAUUUAGAGUUCUAUACCUUUACUCUUUAUAUAGUAAAUUUGACCCCAAGCGAUGCAAUUGCCUGUGGGUACUGCAGGGAGUGGCAAUCCUUAUUCACUGUAUUGGAAUAUCACGUGCGGAAAUGAAAGGGCGAGUCCAUUGUUGCCAUGUGACUUGGGAGUUCAUUCUUCACAUGCUUCAUGCCAGUAUCAUGCACAACGAAAAAAUCUUAUACAUAAUAUUCCAACAAGUACAAUAUGCAAGAGCCCUACGGUUCUUAAGCGAUGGUGGGUUGUCCCCCUUGUUUUCAGAACGUUCAUUUCCCGUUAUUUUUACAUGCAUAGUUAUCUUCACAUUAAAACAAGAUCUAUUUAGUGAUUUCCCCCGGAUUUUGACGUUUGGACAAAAUACAAUCCAUCUUAG